UUUACCUUUUUUAGUAUGGUGAAAAUAAGUUAUGAAAAAAUAAAGAAUAGUUGAUAGAGUACAGUGAAUUGUAAUAAUUGUUCUGUUUUGUAUACAAUACGAUCAUAAUGAACGGAAUAAAAAAUAUACGUCCACGAAAGCUCCGGCCUCAGCUUUCUCUGCGACAUGUGAAUUCUCCAGUUUCGCCGCCUCCUGAUCAAAAUAUUGGAAUUAUUUGCAGUGGAGUUGUACCGAGAGAUUUAUCGAUUCACGGACAGCAGAAUAUUGAUCCCGACGUCAUCAACAGAAUAGCAAACGAAAAAAUUCGAAUUGCUGUGAGAAAUGAACAAAUAAGCCGCACAAGAAAAGGACUUAUGGGAUAUCACAGAGCUGCGAACAGUAAUUCACUUCCUCCUAUAAAAGGCAAACCAUCACGUUUUUCACUGGUGCAGGAAAUGCCAAAAAUUUACGUUUGUCCAGCUCCCAAAUUUAUCAGACAAAAUCGCCAGUCCAGCAGAUGGGAGAAAUCACGUCCACAAAAAACGUAUUUCCAUAGACAGAGAACAGCUCAGUCUCAGCCGAGCAGGUUUGGAGAAUUCAAACAGAGCGAAGCUCCAUAUAUACCCAUGCCUGUGACUAUACCUGUACAACAUGGCGUAUCUCCAGUUGAUGAAAGAUACCACGACGCAAGCGAGAUAAUAGAAAGGACAAUUAACGUGACACCGGAAAACGUAAUACUAAAAAAUGUUAACAUAUCAAACCGAAUUCCUAAAACGGUAAAUUUGAAUGAAAGUUUCGAAGCUGUUUCAGCUCAAUAUGGAAAAGAUAUAGCGCUUAAUGUAGCGCUAUCGCGGAAACGAGCUGGAAAGAAAUGGCAGACGACUCCAGCCAGAAAUAUAGCAACAACUUCCUCAUGUCAUCUUCCACUGCGCGAAGUCUAUCUCAAACCGGACGCUUCGCAAGACAAGGAAUCUUACGCUAGAUAUCAGCAGGAGAAAAUGAUACGAAUCUGGAAUUGGCUAAAGAAAUUAAAUUAUUUAGAUGACUCACAAUUACUAGAAAAUCAGAUAAAAGCUGAAAGUAUUGGUUAACUAUUUUAUGCCCGAUGUUUUCACAAAUACGAUUUUGCCGGAGAGAUUGA